UAAAGCCAACCCAUCCCUCUGAUCGAUUCUUUCUCUUUCUCUCCCUCUUCUCCCACAAAAAUCUCAUCUUUGCUCUCGGAUUUGUUCUAAAUUCUCUCUAUUUUUCCUCCUUGAAACCCUCCUCCUCUGUGGAGGCAGCUAAGGCGUUGGUGUUCUGAUCUUUGAUUAAUUAAAGAGAAAAUGAACAUUUGUGCAUAUCAGAGGAACGCCAUGGGAGGAGGAGUCUAUGAGGAGGAGAGGAGUUUUGAUUCGGUGGUUUGCCCUAAACCUCGUAGAUUAGGCCUCUUAAAGCCAGCCAUUAACGAUCCUAUCAGACAUCUGAGAUGGCCUGCAAAUCACCAAAGUGAGAUUGGCGAUUCUAAAGCAGGGACUGAACUACUGGAUAUAAUUCUCACUAAGGGAAGUUAUGGGACAGAAAGAUCUGAUAAUCAGGUGGCUUCAUCGCCACCACCAUUUUUUACCGGAUCACCACCUACUAGAACUUCAAAUCCUUUAAUCCAGGAUGCUCAAUUCGGGAUUGAGAAGAUCACUGUCCCUUUGCCAUUGCCAGCACCUCCAUCUCCAUCCUCACGAAUGGGAGGUGGAUGUGCAAGGAUGAAGUUUGGCCACAAACCUGCUGCUGUGAGGAUCGAAGGGUUUGAUUGUUUGAGCCGAGAUCGCCGCCGCAACCGCAGCAUCUCAGCGGUGGCAUAAACCGUUGAACUCAUCAUAUGACAAACAAACCCAGAUGAGAAAAAUGGGACAUUUUGUAGCAAAUUUUGGUGGAGGAGAGGAGGAUCAAAAUGGGUAGUAGUUGUUUAAUUAAUACUUACUAUUUGCUGUAUAUACAAGUCUUAAGUCAAAUGGGGUGUUAUUGUUUAAGUAAUAUUUUUUUUUUUCCUUUUGGUUUCAUCAAAUCUUCUCAUAAUAUUUGUGGAUGUAAUGAAGGUGUUAUGAGAAUAUUAAUUUUGAAGAAUAAAAGGGAAAGAAGAAAGGCAAAAGAACCUGUAACUUUCCCUUGUCAGGUUUUUGUAUAUAGAGAAAAGGUUGAGAGUCAAUGGGAGGUUUCAUGGAAAAAUUUGUAAUAUCAUGAUGUUCCCGCUUUGUUAUUUUAAUCCUUCCUUUGUAAUUGUAAUUUGGAGGAAAAUGAGAGAAAUCAAUCCAUCCUUUUGUUUUUUUUA